AUGCGGAUUCUCCUUCUGUCUGUGGGUGUGCUGCUGCUACAGGCCUGCCAUGUGCAGGCCAAGGCUGUAGGAAACACUCCGACUUGGGAACUGUCCGAUUGGAAGAGCAACAUCCAGUUGGCUGUCGAUGCCCAUAUUGAUGCCUUUGCCUUGAACAUCGCCAAUGGCUGGUACGCCAACGAUGCAUCUCUCGCUCUGGCCUUCGAGGCGGCAGCUAGUCUUGACUUCCAGCUCUUCUUCUCCUUUGACUACGCCGGCAACGGGUCAUGGGCCCAGGCAGAUGUCAUCAGCCUUAUAACUCAGUACGGCGGCUCUGGUGCUUACUUCCAGUACAAUGGCGGACCUUUCGUCUCGACCUUUGAGGGGCCUGAUCAUGCAGACGAUUGGGUUGAGAUCAAGUCCCAAACGGGCUGUUUCUUCAUUCCGGAUUGGUCGUCGCUGGGUGCGAUCCCUGCGGCUGCAGCGGCCAAUGGUGUCGUCGACGGUCUCUUCAGCUGGGCGGGCUGGCCUUGGGGUGACAAGAAUAUGACCACGUUUGUAGACGCUUCGUACAUGCAGACACUCAAUGCUAGCGGGAAGCCCUACAUGAUGCCGGUGUCGCCCUGGUUCUACACCAACUUGCCCGGCUACGACAAGAACUGGCUAUGGCGCGGCGAUGAUUCUUGGUACCAGCGCUGGCAGCAGGUGUGGUACCUACAGCCCGAGUUUGUUGAAAUCAUCUCGUGGAAUGACUUUGGCGAGUCACACUAUAUUGGGCCACUGGACAGCAGCUCCUUCGACGCUUUCACUGUUGGCGAGGCGCCGUUUAACUACGCCAAAGACAUGCCGCAUGAUGGAUGGCGUGAUCUUCUUCCCUUCAUGAUCGAUACCUACAAGCACGAGCGGGCUCUGGUAUCGGAUGAGAGACUGGUGGUCUGGUACCGCAACUCGCUGGCCGGCGAUUGUAGCAACGGCAACACCACUGGCAAUACAGCCUCACAGCUGCAGCUCGAGUUCGCGCCCGAAGAUGUCUCACAAGACCGGAUCUACUUCACCGCGCUGCUGUCCGACUACGCGGGUGUCUCGGUUAUGGUCGACGCAUACGUUCACAAAGCCGAGUGGGACUUCCUACCCCCCGGCCCCUUAGUAACUGGGGGUCCUGGCCUCUACCAUGGCAGUAUCGCAUUGACCCAUGCGGAGCGGAUCGAGGUCAUAAUCACUCGUGACGACGUCGACAUUUUCUCCGUCUUCACGGUCCAGGACGUGUCUGCGGACAAUUGUGUCGAUGGCCUAACCAACUGGAACGCGUGGGUGGCCUCAGGAUCGGGCGGCGAAUUACCAGAGCCCGUCUACUCGGCCUUUGAUCUGAGUGUGCAGACAUGCGUGUCUGGCUACAGCGUCGAUACUUUCACGGACCUAUGCGAGUUCACCUGCGCUUGGGGAUACUGUCCCGUCGGUGCCUGCGUAUGCACCAAUAUGGGCAUCAUUCUUAAAGAGGCCAACCAGACCGAUGUUGUCGGAUACCCGGCCAACGGCGACGCUAACUAUGCGGGGCUAUGCAGCUUUGCUUGUGCGGCGGGCUAUUGUCCCUCAGACUACUGCUCUCUGGAAGUUCAAGCAGCCUAUGUACCAACCAGCUCGCCCUUCGACCCGCCCACCUGCACGGGGGGCAGCAGCACUAACGACAACUUCUUGGGCCUGUGUAGCUAUGCGUGCAACUAUGGUUUUUGUCCCCGGAACUCCUGCUCCUGCACCUCUACGGGGCCUCUCAUUCAACCUCCGGCUCAGACGAGCAGCUCCGGCACCUCCCUCGUCGGGCCAGACUCGGACCUUUGUAAUUUCGCUUGCACGCGCGGGUAUUGUCCCAGUGGCACAUGUGCUCAAUCUGUCGUGGGGUACGUUCACUUUGGUGACUCAUACGCAGCCGGCAUGGGUACGGGUACAACGUCCACGGACGAGUGUCGCGUGGGCUCCAACAACUACGGCAAGCUGCUGUAUCAGUGGUUUGACGACGAGAGCCUCUCGUUCGAGACGCUGGCGUGCUCGGGUGACACCACGACGGGCCUUUCCGAGCAGAUCGACAAGUGGAAAACGUCGGACGUGGCGAAUGUGGGUACGCUGACGAUGGGCGGGAACGACCUCGGCUUCAGCAACCUGGUAUACUACUGCGUGAUUACGCCUAAUAUGUGGUAUUCCAAGGAACAGAACCGCCAAUACUGUCUUGAGUACGAGGCAACUGCCCGAUCGUUGCUGGAGGACAGCAGUGAUGCUGGAUUAACAGCAAAACUCACUAAUGCGUAUCUCAAGAUCCUCACCAAGUCUGCUCGAACGGACUUCAAUCUCUAUGUGACUGGCUACCCUGGCUUCUUCAACUAUGACACUGCAGACUGCGACCUCUCAACAUUCCACUACUGGUACCCCGGAUAUAACCAGGGAUGGGCGGACACCGGCUAUUACGCCUACCAACGCCUCGUACUACUGACUCAGGACCUACGUACCGAGCUCGAUGCGCUGGUUGACCAGCUAAACGGGGUCAUCCAGCAGGCCAUCAACGACGCGAAUGCCCAAUACGGUGGCUCCCAUAUUCACUAUGUCAACAUACAGCCCUACUUUGACACACAUCGCUGGUGCGAAAAUGCGGAUGCCAGCUAUCACGAACCGGAUCCUAAUCUCGAUUCGACGUGGUUCUUCCUAAGUGCCUGGGAUGAUGUCGACCUUGAGACAGAUACCAUCACAACAUCAGAGGCAGAAGCCGCCGAAAUGGCUACCCUCAUGUCCCAAGGCCCUAUCGUCCUCCCCGACGCAGAAAACUGCACUGAGUCCCUUGGCACCGAUCCCGAUCCCUACGCGGUGGCUAUGUGCCGUGUCGCUAUCGCAGUCGCCGACAACUCGACUGGCUUAGAGGCCACGACUUUGGCACAAGCGAAUGCGGAUAUUGCGAGCGGCAAUUACGCUAGCCAGGCAGUUCCGUCAUAUUUACCUACUCGACAGAUAAAGACAUUCCAUCCGCGCAGUCCGGGAACGAUGGCGUACCGGAAUGCAAUUAUAAAUGCUAUGUAG